AUUACUUAUUACUUAUCCCAUCCUGAUUACUGACCUUGAGGAUUUCCUUUAUGUCACCUUUGUUAUAUUCUUAUACCACUCCAAUUCCUCUAUAAGAUCCCUUCUUAAUCUGCGAAUGCAAAAUCAAAAGCUUCUAUAUCCUUUUGUAAUGAACACUUUUCAUGCAUUAUAUUUUCAUUCACCCCUGCACUGACUCCAACCUUGCCAGUGACGUCUGAGGUAUUCACAAUAGUUUUUUGCUGGCUUCUGUUAUUAACCAAAAGCCUUCACAGUGGAAAUAUGCCCUGGCGUGCACCUGUGCUCGCGUCCCUCUCCUGCAUAAUGUUAAUGCAUUACGCUUCUGAACACAAAAAUACCUACCCCAGUCUUUGUAACCCUGUAACUGAGAGUGACGAGCUCCACGCCCUUCGUGCCUGCUUUCCGUUUGAGGAUGGGCGACAUGUUGCAGCCUUACACAGAGGCAAGAAAAUAAAAGGGCAGUGGCAAGCAAAGCAGGGCCAGAAGUCCCGGAGCCCGCCGCGAUAACACGCACUUGAGAUGUGGCGCACAACUUUCUCACUUCACACCUUCAUAACAGCGGUGUUGAUGGAGGCGGGUGGCGCUGCAAGCGUCACCACGUCAGCCUCCAUCUUGAACAUGCCGCAGGAGAUCUCCAUGUCUUUGAUCAUCAACCAGAUGGCGAUACUGAAUUACAUGAACGAGUCUUCCUCCCUCUGUGCGUUCCGUGACAGGGAGCUUCGGGAGAUACGUCUGUGGAAGGAGGAGGCGAAGCAACAGCUGCAGGCGAUGGAGGACAACGUGCGAGGGAUGUCGGAGGACGCGCAGGCGAGCAUACAGAACAUGACGGAGGAAGCAAGGAUAAACCUGCGGGGGAUUGCAGAGGACGCGGAAUCGAAGAUGCAGGCGGUGGAGAAGACGGUGGAGGCGCUGCAGAAGUCGUUGGAGGAGACGGUGGAGGCGCGGCAACAGACGUUGGAGGAGACGGCGGAGGCGCUGAAGCAAGCGUUGGAGGAGAAGGUGGAGGCGCUGCAUCAAGCAUUGGAGGAGAAAGUGGAGACGCGGCAACAAGCGUUGGAGGAGAAAAUGGAGGCGCGGCAGCAGGCGUUGGAGGAGACGACGGAAGAGCGGCAGCAGGCGUUGGAGGAGACGGUGGAGGAGCGGCAGCAGGCGUUGGAGAGGAUGGAGGAGCGUCAACAUACAUUGGAGGAGACGGUGGAGGCGCUGCAGCAGGUGUUGGAGAGGAAGGAGGUGCAGCAGCAGGCGUUGAAGGUGACGGUGGAGGCGCUGCAGCAGGCGUUGAAGGCGGUGGAGGGGCAGCAACAGUCCGAUAGCAGAAGAGAGUGGCACCACAGAAGACAUCAUAGGAGACGGUGGAAGCGUGGCACCCAGAUGCAAUACAAGCUCCCUAUAACGACACCGAGCCGUCCCUCUGCCAAGAUAUAGGCGAAGAAGAAAGCAGUGCUGCACGGGGGAAGGGGUUCAGUGUUGGUCUCCUCUUCCAACGGGUAUUGUAAGUGGUGAGUGGUGCUGCCAAAGAAGACUCGAUCUCUCUUCCACUGGGAGUUCCAGGUGGGAGUCAAUAUAACAUGUCGCUGUAGCAAAGUAAUAGUGCUUGAAGUGCGUGGUGGUGAGCAGCAGCAGUGAGUGGCAUUGCACUUCCUUACUUGUUACACUGACGUGUGGUGUAUGCUAAUGCUACUGCUACAACAACAACAACGACAACAAUAGAGACGGCAACAAAGAAAGAAGCAAGAAAAAAAACAAAAGCAGCAGCAACAGCAACACAACAAAGCAAUAACAUCAAUAACAAUAAAAAUAACACCAACAAAUAAAAACCAAAAACAAAACAACAACAGCAAACAAGAACAACAAAUAAAAAGGACAAAAUAAGAACAUCAAAUAAAUAUUUUCACUAAAGGGGGAUUUGUAAAAUCCCUAAUCCCAUAUUAAAUCGCCUACGUUCAAUUCGUAUCUCAUUUAUUGACCAAUUUCUUUGAUUUAAAAAGCAUUUUAAUCAGGAAGGAUAGGAGAACAAUGUCUGCUAUCGUUUUUUCUUGCACAAUAUUUUUUUUCUUCGAUGAAGUCAAAAAAUUUUGACUAUCAAAUAUUUGUCAAAAAUCAAAAUCAACUUGUAACAAAAAAUUCGAUUGCAGACUUUGUUCGCCUCUCAUAGUUUCAUAAGCUGCAAUAGCCCAUAUAUAUGUAACAGGAAUAACAACGGAGAAGAUAAUUUUUAUAUGCCAAAAUCCGCCAUUUUGAGAUAUAGCGUCAUAAAGUUUGAGAGGUAACUAUAAUUCACCUAUUGCAGCUAGGGACUUGAAAUUCACAUGAUAUAUACAUCAGAAUAUGUUGAAAAAAGAGAUAAAGUUUCAUUUAGUUAUUCCGAUUGGUUUCGUACAUAGGCCGAGAGUGAUUCAUGAUUUUAGGUUUAAUUAGCGGGGAGGGGAGAGGAGUGGGGAAAACAAUUUUUGUUAUAUUUCGCCAUAUUUCUUAGUAAAAACCAGUGUUUAACUGUUUAAAAUAAAUGAAAUAUAAAUCCUAAAGAUAUCUGAUGCAGAUACAUUGAUUAUAUGCUGGAUUUACGAAAAAAUUAUUAUAUAAUUUUAAUUUUCGUAUAUAAAUCUGAGUAAAAUAGUUAGCCCUAAAAUUUUGUGCUCUCGAAUGAGCGCAGUGAGAGAUAUAGAUUUUUCAUAGGAGACUAUAGAAAAAUGGGUAUGUCAGAAAAAUAUGGGAAAAAAAGGAAAAAAAGGAAAAAAAAAAAUUAUCAUACAUGUCUCGCGUCUGGCGAAACCGUGGCAUUUCAUGACGGAAGACUUAAUCACAUAAGGGGAAGAAAUUUUUAUCAAAACGUUAUAUAUAUCAAAAGAAGCGGAAAAAUGCAGAAAAUUAUAAAAGAAGAAAAAAAAAAAUUUCAGGUCCGGAUCGUGCAACCCUGCCUAAAAACAACAAAAGAACGAUAACAACAACAAUAAUAAAAUCAUCAUUAUUACUGCUGGGAUUACUACUAGUACCACUACUACUACUACUGCUGCUGCUGCUAUGACUACUACGACUGCUACUGCUAGAACUAUUACUACUAAUGCUACUGCUCGGACUAUUGCAAGUACUACUGGUGGGACAACUACUAUUGCUAGGACUAUUACUACUAAUGCUACUGCUCGGACUAUUGCAAGUACUACUGGUGGGACAACUACUAUUGCUAGGACUAUUACUACUAAUGCUACUGCUCGGACUAUUGCAAGUACUACUGGUGGGACAACUACUAUUGCUACUGCUGGGACUAUUAGUACUACUGUUGAGACUACUACUACUACUCAUGAAAAACUAUAGCUAUACUACAGCUAAUACUACUAUUACUACUACUGCUAAUGCUGAUGCUGCUGCUGCUACUGCUAGUACUACUGCUGCUGUUACUAUCACGACUACUGCUCUUACUAUUACUACUACUGCUGCUGUUGCUGAUGCAGCAGCUGCUGCUGGAGGUGAUGGUGAUGAUGAUGCUGGAGGUACUAAUAUUGCUAUAACAACAACAUCAACAACAACAACAACAACAACAACUACUACUACUACUACUACUACUACUACUACUACUACUACUACUACCACCACUACUACAACAGUCAGUUCAUUAGUAGUUUACAAUAAAAAUUUAGGCCACUUUUGUGUAGUGGUGGCUGAUUGUUGAGUAGCUUAGUCCCCCUGCCUCGCCACACUUCAAGUCCCUACCUGCACCUCACUGCGCAACAUUUUCUUGGUUUCUUCAUCACUGUGCUUAUGCCGCUUUUCCUUGUAUGCUGGUGUUCACUUGAAGUGCUCAUGAUGCUGUAAUAGAAUUAGUUAGAGAGAGAGAGAGAGAGAGAGAGAGAGAGAGAGAGAGAGAGAGAGAGAGAGAGAGAGAGAGAGAGAGAGAGAGACCAGCUGGGCCCAGGAGAAGGCUUGCGUAAGCUAGGGUGUGGAUAAGGCGUUGGCGAAGAAGCAGUGGACGGUAUUGGGGAGGCAGCAGAGGGGGUGGAGGUGAAGGUGGAGGUUGAAGCGGCUCCGAGUGUAUGGAAGGAUCUGACUUAUUCCACCUACUGCUUACUCGACUGACUGCCUCUCACCUUCAGUGUCAGUAGUUCUUCAUCAUUUCACGGAUUAAAAGUAGUUAAAAAAAAAAGACUGCAUUUUUUUUAUUUGUUUUUAUGGUGUUACUGUUGAGUGAAAUCUUUUCUCCUUACAAGUUGGGCCAUAUCUAUCCAGGAGUAUUUCCCGACUUGCUUCCCGUGAACACAGGCAUCACCACCGAGCUCAUUAUGAAGCACUUCUCCUUUUUCUCCUACUGCCCCUUCUUAAAUAGAGAAGACAUCCGUGUGAAUUACGAGGCCGUGCCCAUACAGGAGUGAGAGAGAGAGAGAGAGAGAGAGAGAGAGAGAGAGAGAGAGAGAGAGAGAGAGAGAGAUGGGACGAGGAGGCUUCAUUGACACAUACAAUAUCAGGAGACAAACUUGAAACCUUGAGAUACUGAUGACACUCAAGACUGCUCCUCCUCCUCUUCCUACUUCUCCUCUUUCACCUCUGCCUUUUGUAUAUUCCUCCUCCUCCACCUCAGUUUUCUCCUUCUCCUGCUCCUCCUCCUCCUCCUCC